UCCAACAACAACCCAUCUAUCUACAAACUCUUGUCUAUCCACAUAUAUAUAGAGAGAGAGUUGUGCUACUAGGGUUAUCUUUGGUGUGGGUGACAAUGGCAGAGGGAGGAAGAGCAGAGUAUCUUGUAAAAGGAGGACUUCUAAUCCUUUUUGUGAUUCUUCUCACAUUUGUGAUUCUUCUCACGUUUGUGAUUCUCACUCUUGCACCUCUUGAUUCAUUUUAUAUCCAUGUCUUCUUCUAUUUUUUACUAUCUUUGGCUAUCCUUCUCGCCUCCAUCAUCAUUUACUGCUCCUGCUUCGAUGAUGAGGAACAGUUGUGUGCAGGAGCGAAACUAGAAAUUAUACUUAGGGGGGCCAAGGACGCUCUAUAUAAAGCUGAAAUUCAUGUUAGUGAAGAGAAUGGAAAGAUAGUAGAAAUUCAUGUUAGUGAAGAGCAAGGAAAGAAAGUAGAGAAAGCAAAAGACAAAAGGAAUGAAGAAGUGGAGAAGUUGAAAGCUAAAUUCCUGGCGGAGAAAGAAAAUGUAGAGAAACUGAUAAGAAGAUAUAAAAAAGCAGAGAGAGAAAUGAUGGAGUUAGAAAAAGUAAAGAAAAACAAAUGGGUGAAAGAAAUGGAGAAAUAUGACGAGGAUCGACACGAGUGGGAGGAAGAGAAGAGAAAACUCGAGGCACAGCUUUGCUUGGAGAAAGUGUUGUAUAAGGCCCUUUGGGAAGAGAAUGAAGAAAAAGGCAGGAAAUGGGAGAGAGAGAGAGGUGAGAUGUUUAAGAAGCUUUGUGAUGCCAAUGCAUGGUCUCAGCUCUACCGUAGCCUUCUUCAUGACCUUGGAAGAGAGGGCUCAGAUGGUUUAAAAGCUUUGUGUUGAGAAGUUGUUUUUUUUUUUUUUUUUUUUUUGUUGGAUAUGAUAUUUUAAUUUGAAGAAGAGAUUGUGUUAGUA